AUGGCAAAAACUUCAAAAAUCGUACCUCACAAGGAGAAAGCUUCCUCCUCCGUUCAAGAUUAUAUUCCCGGCCCGUAUAUUUUAAAGGCUGAUUUUAAAGUGGAGAAUCCUUCGUCUGUUCCGGGUCGGUGUGAGCACGUAUCGAUGUAUAUGUGCUCUAUAGCAGAGGUUAACUUCGAGGCCGUCAGGAAAUAUUUCGGCUGGGGUUCUGAGGAGAUAUCAGGUCACCCUCGGCCAAAUUCAUCCUUCCUUAUGGCGUAUAGUCAUCGUAUUGCGUUUCUUCUCUAUCAAAGCCGGAGGGUUGGAUUUUUCUCUAAGCCACCUUAUACGACUGUAUCGGCCUCAGAUUUAUCGUGGCAACAAGCCCCGGUCCCGGAACAGGGGAAAGGAAAGAAACGAAGGGCCUCUUCUCGGCCGGAGGACCCUAAGCCCAAAACGCGAACGGUGAGGAGAAAUAUCAUUGCCCUUUCGAAAGACUCGGUCCAUCGACUGAGGGAGGAAGAAGAAGAAAAAGAUAGCUCCUCGGCUUUGGUAGUCCGACCCGCGGAGGCGGUCGAGGUUGUUAGAGCCGCUGAGCUGACGGCGGCCGUGCCCAUCGGGGUUGGUUCGAAAGACCUAGAUCUCGAUCGAAGUACUCCGAGUGAUUUUCUCGAGGUAAUGGAAAUGGGCCAUUCACCUUCCCUUCCGUCUUUUUCUGAGGAGGCGUUGAAGGAGGCUCGAGAGCUGAAGGAUCCCGAAAUUGGUGCUGGCUCAGGUGCAACGGAUCCUUUUAAGGAUUGUUUUACCGGUGUUGAUGAUAGUUCUGAUAUCGGUGAUGCCUCUCUUUUGUUAGAGGAAGCUCAGAGUUUUAUUACUCGGUGUGAGGCCGAACUCCGGAAGGUCCUAGGUGAGAGGGAUGACCUUCGGCUUCUUUGUAGCAAGAAGGAGCAGGCUAUCAAGGACCUUCAAGCGGAUUUGGCUAAAGUCCGUGAAGAAAGGGUCGAGCUCGAUCAGCAGUUGCAGCAAAUGAUAGAGAAGAUCGGGCUACUUCGAGAGGAGGUCGAUCAAAUCCGGGCCGAAUGCAACCAGUGGAAGGAGACUAUUGACCGCCUGGCAGCGGAGAAAGAAACCAUCUUAACAAAGUUACUAUCAGCCGACGUUCAGCUUCGAAACGUCAAGCAAAAGGUGUUGGCUCAGACUAAGAAAAUCGAUGAGCUUGAGAUGCGACUUGCUGAGGCUAAGGCGGAGGUCGAGUUGUCGAAAGUUUUGGCGGAUAAGUCUAUCGCUGUGUACCGAGCUGAUGCUGAGGCCGCUCAGGUGGAGGCCCGGGAAGCGGCGAAGAUUGCCGAUGCUCGAGCUCAUUGGGUUGCCGAACUUGUUAAGUGUAGAUCUCGGAGGGAGACCCUCGAGGAGAUUCAUGCUCGCGGUUUCGAUCUUACUGAAGAGGUAAGAAAGGCAAAUGAGCUCGAAGCGGAAGUUGAAGCCUUGGCUUCUGAUGAUGAUGACGAUGAUGGUAGCAAAAGCGGGUCCGAGGGUGGGGAAGACCUCGACCCAAAAGCUUAG